AAUGGCUUCCAUAAUUUGGCAUGUUCUUACUAAUAAAGAAUUUUGGGAAUCGGCCCAAAUCGAACAAAAUUUAGCAAAACAUUCAAAAUGCGAUAGCGACGUUACAUUAGAAGGGAAAGUUGCUAUUGUUACUGGUGGUACUGCAGGAAUUGGAAAGGAAUGUGUAAGAGACUUCGUAAAAAGAGGCGCAAAAGUUAUUAUUCCAUGUAGGGAAAUGAAAAAAGGGGAAGCUGUUAAAUUGGAAAUAGAAAAUGACACUUGUUCUUUUGGAAAGAUUAUCCUUAUGAAUAUGGAUCUAUCAUCAAUGGAAAGUGUUAGAAAAUUUGCAAAACAAUUUAGAAAGAGAGAGGAUAGAUUGGACAUUCUCCUGAAUAAUGGAGGAAUAAUAAAUGCUCUUAAAUCGCAUACUAAAGAUGGUUUUGAAUCUAUAUUGGCUACAAAUUCUCUAAGCCACUUUUUACUAACUCAUCUUCUAUUUGAUUUGCUAAAGAAAAGCUCCCCGAGUAGAGUUGUAAAUGUUUCUUCAUCGGGUCAUUAUGCUGCCACCGAUAUGAUGUUUGAUGAUUUUCAAAUAUUUCAAGGAUGUUGGAAACCUUCUGAUUUCUAUUUGUAUUGUCGAAGUAAAGCUGCCAACGUUAUGUAUGCUGUAGAAUGGCAAAGGAGACAUCCCAAUUCGGGUGUCACUUUCUAUAGCUGUCAUCCAGGGGCAGUUAGAACAGAAAUCUUUCGAAAUUACAACUUAUCCAACGAGUUUAUUGGUUUCUUAAUGUAUAAGACAUUAGAUUGUUGGAACCCUCUGUUAAAACACGGGAAGACGCCUGUUCAGGGAGCCCAAACACCAAUCUACUGCUGUAUUCAAAGAGGACUAGAAUCACAAGCGGGCUUAUACUUUACGGAAUGUGAAGUUAGUGAGAUGUCAACGCUGGCUCAAAAUAUUGAAGUGAGAGAGAAAUUAUGGAACAUUACUCGUGAAACUUUAAAUAUAUAG